CGGAAAAGUAAAGCAUUGCCCUCCCUGCGCGUCCCUCCCUGUCUGCUAGAAUGUUUCUCAUGAAUGCCCCUCCAGUGGUUGCUCUCCAGUCCAAAUGGGAGGCCUUUGGUCCACCGGGGAGCUUUAGGUUUCCCGGGUGCUUCUCAGAGUCUAACGAGGGCGUCGAGAGAGCGUCAGUGAGUGCCAAGGUGCAAAUGAUCAUCAGCACUCUGCAGCGUGACGAGGUGGCCCUGGGCAUGAGCAAUGUGCGCACUGCGCAGAGAAGCCAGAAGGCAGAGAGGUGCCACGAUGCCAGGCUGCCUGCUAGCCCCACUGUGCACAAAGAGCAGCCCGCAUUCGCUGCCUGUGGUCUUACUGCCGAGUUUGACCCCCCGGGGCAGGAGGAAGCUACAAACUUUGGCCCCUUGGUGCUGGAUUCGGAUAGUGAUGAUUCUGUGGACCGCGACAUCGAGGAGGCCAUCCAGGAGUAUCUAAAGGCAAAGAGCGGAGCUGGGCAGGCCGUGUCCCGCGGGGCCCCGCCUGGCAGGGCCCAGCCUUCUGGGGCUACAGGUGGAGUCAGUAGAUGCAAACCAGAACCUGUGCAUAGCAGCACCCCAGCUGCCUUGUGUCCCCCAAGACUUGCACUUGGCUCAGGCAGUGUCCCUGGCAGCCACAAGGGAGCCAGUGAGGACCGGGGCUCUGCCUCCCCUGUAAGUGUCAGCAGUGAUGACUCCUUCGAACAGAGCAUCCGGGCGGAAAUAGAACAGUUUCUGAAUGAGAAAAGACAGCAUGAAACCCAAAAAUGUGACGGGUCUGAGGAUAAACACCCAGACCCACAAGAAAACUCAGCCAAAUCAACAUUUAGAUCUAACAAAGAGCCGACUGCUAGGGAUCUGAUGGGGGCCUGUAAGGAGUUCGUUUUCCGCAAACCGCCCAGGUUGGCAAAGGUGAACGCACAGCCCAGGAGUCUCAGGUCCAAGGUUGGCACAGAGGCAGCCGCCCCCUGCCACCCUGCAGAAACCGCACAGAGCAAGGGCGGGACUAAGAGGGGCGCAGGCAAGAGGGGUAAGCGUGUCCGGACUGCAGCCCUGGUGCCCGAGGCACCUGACUCCAGUAGUGACGACGGCAUUGAGGAGGCCAUUCAGCUGUACCAGUUGGAGAAGACGCGGAAGGAGGCCAGUGGGGACCCACCGCAGAGCGCCCAGCUCAGAGAGAAGGGGCCUGAGCCACCCCCACACAGCACAAGCACCACCACGAAAAGUGCCUUGCCCGAGACCCAUAGGAAAACACCGAGCAAGAGGAAGCAAGUGGCCACAAGGGCCACUGACCCCAGCCUGGGGGGCCUGGACUCUGACCACCCCUCCAAGCUGCCGAAGGAAACCAAAGCUUCACCUCCAGGAAACACGGCGGCCAGAGGCGAGUGCGUGGAGUGGUCCUCAUGCCGGGCAGACACGUCUGCCGAGCUGAUGUGCGCCGAAGCAAUCCUGGACAUUUCCAAGACAAUCCUGCCGGCCCCUGUACAGGGCAGCGACAGAGCGUUGUCCGCAAGCCCACUCUUCUCCCCAAAUGUGCCUUCCCGCUCUGGCGACAGCAGCUCUGUGGACAGUGAUGACAGCAUAGAGCAGGAAAUCCGGACGUUUUUGGCCCUCAAGGCACAGUCGGGGAGUUUGCUGGCCAAAGCCGAAGGCUAUCCACAGUCCACACAGGACCCACUGGCCCCAAAUGGCCCCAACACCCCCAAAGCCCCUCUCUCUAAAACACCGGACAUGUCACUUAGCUGGAAAAGGAAACGCAGAGGUGGGGUCAGCACUGUAAGGCCAUCCACACCCAAGCAAGCGAGGGAGGUGGUGAGAGAGAGUGCCCAGGGUUCCAGUCAUGAGGGUCAGGUCCCACCCUGCCAGGGAGGAGCCAGCGAGGCCCCAGGAAGAGAGGGCGAGGCCAGGGGCCAGCCUCUGCCCCCCAGGAUAGUCGGGCUUGGUGACACCCAGGUCUCUCCAGGCCACAGUAAGGUGGAUGAGGCAAGGAGUGUGGAUGGGAAGGAGAGCUCUGAGGACAAGAGCAGCUCACUAGACAGUGAUGAGGACCUGGACACAGCCAUCAAGGACCUGUUGAGGUCCAAGCGCAGACUCAGGAAGAGGGGCUGGGACCCCAGGGCUGCGUGCAAGAAGAAGGUCCGGUUCAGCACCACCGAGACGCGGUUCUUGGAUAAGCUAGGCAGCUUCCAGAGACACUGGAAGGACAGAAGCCCACACGUGCUGAAGAGCUGCCUCUCCAAGUCCAGAAGGGCCAGCAGGGAGAGCCUAGUGGGAAAGCCGCCAAGCAUCUUCAGUAGCAUAACAGAGAGGACAAAGCUGGACAGCACCAGGAACGAGGAUGCCGCGCCAGCUUUCCAGUUAAGGAGAAGAGCUGAAGGGAACCUGUUCUCCAGUGAGAUGGGAGCCCGAGAUCAGCAGCGUUCAGCCCCAAGCCCCGGCUCCCUGUCUGAUGAUAGCAGUUCAGUGGACAGCAACGAUAGCAUCGAACUAGAGAUUAGGAAGUUUUUGGCAGAAAAGGCCAAGGAGUCGGUGGGCAGUUCAGAAAUCCAAGGAGGGGGCACCACUGCUCUUGGGUCAGGGGGCCCAGCUAGGCCAGAGGUGCUGUGCAGGAAGGAGCCAGCCCCGCAGCCUGGCAUGUGCACGCGGAGCCAGAGAGCCAGGGGGGCCCCUCUACCUGCUGAAGGCCUGAAGGGCGCAGAAAGAGCUGGAACACAGAGCGCAGCCAGCCUCUUCAUCCAGGGCAGGAAGGGCACCGCCCGCAGAGAGCCCACCGCUGGCCUCCCCAGUGCUCUGGCCAGGUGUGAGCUGGCGCCCAGGAGCACCAGUGGGAAUGUCCCUACCAAAGGGUCUCCACUGGCGCCCAGGAGCACCAGUGGGAAUGUCCCUGCCAAAGGGUCUCCAGUAAGUAGGAGAAAUGUUUAUGGUCACAAAGACCAGAACCAGCGAGGGGCCAAGCCUGCCACCCCCGAAAGUGCUUUCAGUCAGCUGUCCAGCUGUGCCAGAGCUGGCACAGAGGCAGGAGGCACCGGGGGCACCUUUCACAUGACCUAUGGGAGUCCACACCUCCCGACUCCCAGCCUGGGUGCUGAGAGGGAUGGCCGGACCCAGGCCGACCGUGCCCUGCCCUGGAGCGACUUCGCCCACCAGAGCAGGCUGCCCAGCCUAUGGGCACUGAACUCGGAUGGCAGAGACUUGGCAUGGAGAGGGAGCCUUGGGAGUGAGAGAGAGAAGGGGGCCGAGGGACAGGCCAGGGGCCCACCCAGCCUGCCCUUUGCAGGCUUCUCCCCACUGCUCUCCACCCAGCUGUUCCACUUUGGAAAGAGUGUUUCCUGGGGGGGCAAGCCAGCCAGCCUCUUCAGCCCCCACUUGGGGCUGCCUCUGCAGGGCCCAGCCUUCUCAGCCUUUAGGGAGACCCAGGCCGGCCCCAGCCCCGUGUUCGGAAGCCCACACUUGCUCAUGAAGAAGGAAGGUGGGCACUGGCCCAGCAGGAAGGCACAGGCAGGGCUCAGCUUGCAUGACAGGAGGAACUCGGGCUCUGAGGAGAACCUUCUGGACCUAAGGUACCGAGGAAGGGCCAUGGACAGGGACGACCCAGACCAGGAGACCUUGGGCAGCGAUGCCAGCGAGUUCAGUGACACCUCCGUGGAGGAUGGGGGUGGCAGAUCGGUCGUGAAGGGCAAAGCCGUCCAGUUGUGAGUGGCUCCCUGGCUUUGUCACGUUCGUGGAAAGCAGUAUAUCUGUGCGUGUGUCUGUGUGUGUGAAUAGAUAAUCCUCGUGAUUAAAAGGAGAGAAAACUGGAGUCUGUGUUCAUCGCCCUGUAUAUAUGUACGCUAACAUGAAACAAUGUUUUUAUUUAACAGGUGUGUCCUGGUAAAUAUGGUUUUUGUAGCUUUUUGUAAAUUAUUUAAAGUGAUGUAAAAAAUAUUUUUGGAAAAUAUCAUCAUUCAAUUUUGUAGAGCGUUCCUAACUGCAGUUUUCUGUGAUCUGCAAACAAGUCUUAGAUUAGCAAACAUUUGGUUCUUACUGUCACGGCCAGGUUCAAGGAGACUCCAAGACGGGGCCUUUUGGGGUGAUUGCUGGUGAAAAUGUCCCACUGUACCUGCAGCUCAAGCCUGAGGAAGGCAGCAGUUGCCCUGCCCAAGAAUCACUAAAUGCCCAAGGGUGUUGGGAAGCUCCUGGGACAGCACUUUUUAUAUAAAGGACCCUCCUGGGUCCCCACAGGCCAGAGCAUGACUUCUGAAAUUUGCAGUCCCAGUCUUUGAUUGGAAAAUGUUUCAAAGCACAAUGGCCAACGCACAGACUGCCCAAGCUGUCCCCUGUGCGCGCUCUAUGCAGCUCAGCCCUGAAGCCUGGAGCGUUUGAUGUCCAGUCCUGUUCAAUCACUGGAUAAUUCUAACAUCUAAAUAAACCUCUUUUUAUAUGGGUGCUCCUGCUCUCCAUUUCUAAGCAUGUUUCUGAAAGAUAACACUGACAUUUUAAAUUUCCUUUUUCUGAUUUUUGCGCAUAAGUGAGUGCAAGAGUUGCAUUAGGAGUGUUGGUCCCCAAACACCUUGGGCACUGGUGAUGUGCAAAACCCAGUCCUGGGAACAAGCCUUCCCGACACCUACCCUGCAGGAGCCAGAGCCGAGUCGGGGGUGUGCCCAACAACAGCCAGUGCUUUUGGCAGCUUUCUGUGGCCUGCCUCGCUGUGGCAGCCAGGAUGGGCCCUUUUUGUCACCAAGACUAGGUUAAAGGCAGUGGCCUCUGGUCCUGAGGGCUUAGGCUGAUCGAUACUGCCUUGGUCUCCUGUGCCUUCUGCUCUGAGGCUGCCGUGGUGCCUGUGGCUACCGUGGAGACAUGGAGUUCUGAUGGGCACUGAGGGGUCGUAACAUUUACAUGGCUGUUGUCCAGCAAACUUUCCUCAGUCGCCCAGAGUUUUACAACUCAGCGUUGUGGUUCAUCUGUGAUGUGGGGCUUACGUUGUAGCUGAAUUUUGCUGGUAUCCUAACACAAGUGAAUUUUCUACACAUUGUGCACCCCUGGGUUUUAGAACUCGAUAAUUUGCGCCUGUACCCCAACACAGCUGCACUCCGCCUGCCACCCACACUCGGCGUCUGCUGGGUCAGGAGCUGUGACAAGCUGGCCCUGUGGUCCCCAUCACUAUCCAGUGCCCUCUUGAUGUGUGUCUGAUGCCUCUGUCGUGGCAUAUCCGUUCACUGAAGUGCUUCUGGGAGAAACAAAUCCAUGUGAUCCAUGCUUUAAUUUUUUAAAGAGUGUUUUCAACCCUCAGAAACAAAAAUCAGCUUGUUUUGUACAUAGGAACUUUUUUUUAAUACGAAUAAAUCAAGCACUACCAUGAA